AUGAUAAUCCUAUCCUGCCUAUCUUUCCCUUCUUUGAACCGUUAUUGUGACCUGCUCUCGCGGUAUAGCGGAAAACAUACAAUAGUUCUGGUGGACGCCAGCUUUGCGGCGCAGCUUGAAAAGCUGGUCCUUGACAAAUUCUACGACACCUGCGCUUGCGUUCUGUCAGUGCUUUGUGAUGUGGAGACACGCCAACUGUCGUCUGGGUCAUACGCGCUGGUUAAUGACAGCUGCAAGUUUUAUCUCGGCCUAACUUACGCCCGCAAGGGGUUCAACAAACAGGCAAAUAAGCAAGACAGGCUGUCAGUAAACCUCCAAUGUGUUCAGAAUACCUUUUUUGACGAAAGUUCUACGCUGAAUGCAAUGGUUGCGCAGUUAGAGGGCACUAAUGUCGACACAAUUAUCAAACUGGCGCCCGAGGAGUCUUGUGAGAUGGCGCUGAAAGUGUGGGAGCAUAUUAUCCCACGGAUUUCGCUCCACAUACUCUCUAUUGUUUUCGAGCAGUUUGACUACGAUAAGCUGCUAGAAAACUCAUCAUCAAGGUUUAUUUUUGAGGAUCUGGUGAGAGAACUCUCCAGUAUAUGCUACGCACAAUGUGGUGAAGUAAGCGAGAAGUAUUUGAAAUCGAAAUCUGGGCCACGUAAUCCACCCACCUCCGCCGAAGAUUGGAUUUCCCAAUUGGACUUUGACAAGGUCUUGGAAGAGACAAAACGGCGUAAAAGACAAAUGGAUCGUUCAACAAUAAAUGAGUACCCUGAGUUUUUGACGCUCUCGUUUGAAGCCUAUUGUUUUUACCACCGCUUGGAGUUUCCUGCACACAUCCUCCUCCAUCAGCCAAUUCAACUAGCUAGCGCUUACCGCAUCAAUUAUUCGAGUAUCAACUUUCUUUAUGGAUUUUACUCGCGGCUUCUAGCGAUUAGUGGAUUCAGUAUCGAAGGUGAACCAAAUAAGGUCUCUGCCCCGUCGUUGCUUUUUGGAAUAAGAACACAGCUGGCGAACCAGAGUGAGCAAACGCUGGUAUCGAAACACUGUCUCAACGAUGAUAAAAAUGCGCCUGGCUCCGCUUCCAAGUCUAAAGGUGUGAAGUCUAAAUUGAGGGCAAGAUUCAAGAAAAUUGGGCAUGGGAAUAGGGAGAGGACUAGUGGGGCUACGUACAGCUCUGAGGACCCCGAGCUAAGCGAUGAAGAGUCCGGCAGUUCUCUCGAUAACUUACUGGCCGGCGACGCCCGUGAUAGAUCCAGCACAGACCCCGAGGACACGGGAGAGGCCCAGGCUGGUCGCGAUUUUAUGUUUUGGUGCAGCGAAGAGUUUCAAGAUGCUAACUCUGAGCCUGAGAUUGAUGACAACGAUAACUCCUCAAUUGUAGAUGAGUUGAUCAAACUCCCAAACUUCCGAAAGCGCAACUUCCGUAAGCAGGGCACACAGGCAGAGCUCACGCUCACUACUGUUCCGCUUUUUGAGCAGGAAAUUCGCAGCGAUCCUUUUGCCAUGUCCAGGUACUACUUCGACGCCUACAAGCUCGGCGAUCCGAAGACCUUUUUAUCGCUGAAAGAGCGCGACUCGCGGCCCGCGAGCGCGCGAAGGUUCCAGAGGCGCUACCCCAGAGAGCGCGCGGGGGUGACAGGCGCAUCAACCCUCCCCGAAAACUACUUCCGUGAUCAUGUCGAUCUCAUGAAGCGCGUCAACAUGGGUGGCAUCCUCAGUGUUACAACUAGCCGCUACGGGCACGUGGACUCAUCGCAAAAGAUGCUCGACAACUGGAACCGAGGCCUUGGCUAUCUCAAAACCUUGGCCCUGCGGGAAAGCGCCUCGCAAGUUGGUGCUAGCUGCCACGUUGUCCGAGAGCCCCCGGCGCGGCUCCAACUUCGUCAUUCACGGAGAUCUUCUUUCUCACCCGAGGUAGAUUAA